AUGGUUGCCGUAGGGUGGCACAGCGUGCGUCGGGCUGGGACGAGAGCGGCCAGUGGCACCGUGGCCUCAGGCCUCUGCGCCCCGACGGGGACAUCGCUGCUGUGGGCGCUCCUGAAGGGUUUGGUACCAUGGCGGGCUGACAGCCGGACAGCCAGCGUGCCGGACAGCCAGUGUGGCAGACAGCCGGACAGCCGGGGUGGCCGGGUGUCCAGCAGCAGCAAGGCUAAGCUGCUGCUGGAGGGGAGGCAGAGGCUGAGCACAGUGACAAGGCAAGCAGAGGCGACGACUUGGCCAGAAAAAGGCCCAUUUGCACAGUACCUGACCCAGGAGAGCAGAGCAGUACCACUGAUGGUAACUGGCUCACCAGAGAAGUUUGCGGUGGUGAGGCAGAUCCAAGCUCUACCCAGCAAGUCGAGGUCUGGAUCAGUGAGUGCAGCAGAGGAGACACAGCGCAUUCUCAAGGUGCUGCGCUCCAGUGAAACUCCUUUUGUGAAGAAGCAACAAGUGAUGGACCACGUGUUUAGGGACUGUUGUCUCAAGAUGGCUGAGGAUCAGAAGAGCAUGGAGAAGGCAGAUGUGGAACAUGGUGACGUGAAAGUACAGCAGAGCAAUGGGCAGGCUCCAGAUGGUGUAGUAUAUGGGAAACAAUCUGACCACAUCUCCGAGGCAAACCCGAAAUGGUUCAUGUCAUCCAACAACAGCUUCCAAUUUGAUUUUACACUUUCUGAGAUUGACCCAGAAACAACUGGCACAUCUUUGGAAGCAGUCCCUGGUGUCAGUGGUGCUGAGCAGAUACAAACCAGAGCCACCAAGCAGGAGAACUGGAAUGGAGCCUUGGGUUUUGCUGCCUCUGGGCAAGAACCCAAGUUUGCUUUCAAUUUUGCCAUCCCAGAUGAAGACUGUCCUCUGGUUCCAUCAGUUCCUGCAAGCCAAUAUACAGAGUGUACAGCAAAUCAUGAAGUGCUGGGUGAUUCACUGCCCCCUGAAUCAGCAGGUAUGCUGCAGAUUUCAGCCUUGCAGAAGCCUGAAUUGACUCAAACUGCAGGUAGUGCACCCAAAGAGGAUAGAAGCCACGUCACAUUACAGAUCCCUCAACCAGAGACUGCUCCUGGAGAUGAGACAGUAACAGAGAAAUCAACAGCAGAUGGAGCUGCCCAGAAGAAGAAAAAGAAGAAAAAGCAAAAAACAUCUGUCAGUAAAAAGGAGACAGAAGAAACUGACAUCAACAGGAAGGCAAAGGCAGAAGCUAACGAAUGUCAGAACAAAGAUACUUCCCACCAGGAUGAGACCUCUCAGCAGUCAGAUGACCAUCUGUGGAGAGAGGUGGACUGGUGUGUGGAACAGCUGGAACUUGGCCUGAAGACACAGAAAGCCACUCCAAAGCAGGUCGAGGAGGCUCUCCGUGCGAUCAAGACGCUGCGCAAUGACAAGGCUCCACUGGUGAAGAAACGUCAGCUCAUGAGAACCAUGUUUGGAGACUACAGGAAGAAGAUGGAGGAGGAGCGGUGCAAAGAGCUGAAGCUCAUGGAAACAGCUGUGAAAUCUGCCAGGGUUGUGGAAGUGAAGGGAACCACCCGCAACAAGAACUGCCAGUUCAUCCGAAAGUGCUCAGGAGCUUGCAGGAAAAGCCAAGGUUCAGCGGGAUCUCCUUCAGAGUCACCCGGGACACUUAACACAGGCUUAUUCAAAUUCACAACUUCCCAAGAAGAGUUUCGCUUUAAUUUCUUGUAG